AAGAUAAAUGUCAAAACAUAUUUUUUCGAAAAGAAAAAACACGUCGUCUUAGAGAUGUCAAGAGAUUUACCUUACUAUUCGUAAAGAAUAAUGUUAUUUUGUUGGUUUAGUUUGUUUUUUGUACUAAUACACAAUGUUGAUAUUAUAAGUAGUGCAGCGGGAAAUUUACAUAUGAUCGAUGGAACGUCUAUUCACGAUGUCAUUGGUGGUGAUAUUUUCUUUGAAAUUGUAGACCCUGAAGAACUGGAGUAUACAUACAGAUUGCGACCAGCCAAAGACUUUGGUGGUUCGUUCAAUAGUAAUAAGUUUAAGGUACAGCACGGUAUAUUGGUACCAACAAUUCCCAGAGACGCAUGCACAAAAAUUCGUAAUUAUGGUGAUAUUAGGGGCAACAUAGCACUGAUUGAACGGGGGGAAUGUUCAUUUUUGGCGAAAACGUUGAAUGUUGAGAAAUUCGGAGCUAUAGCGGCAAUCAUUACUGACACUAAUCCCGAUUCAACGGAAUCGGAACAUUACAUCGAAAUGAUACACGACAACAGUUCCAGUGAUGCAAACAUUCCAGCUGGAUACCUGCUCGGUAAAAACGGUCAAAUGAUUCUGUCAACGCUUCGAAAGCUGAAACAAGGCUAUGCGAUCGUAAACGUACCGGUUAAUUUAACAUUCACACCGCCACAACUGAUCAAUCAUCCGCCGUGGCUGGGUUGGUAGUAUUUAAUGUUGGAUUGGGGAAUUGGAUUUUUUGUUUUCUAAUUUAUCUUUUGCUGAGGUUUCUUGUUCAAUUUUGUAUUCUACUAGUCAGCUGCUGUGUUCGAGAACUAAAAUCGAUGAACGAAAAAGUGAUAAAAACAGACAAAGAGCAAUAAAUUUAAACGAAUUUAUAGACAC